AUGGUAAAAUACAUUCUUGCCGUGAACGCCGGCUCAUCUUCGGUUAAAGUCACAUUCUAUACAUACGAAAACCCACCAAAAGCCAUCGCAGAUGCCCAAGUCUCAGGAAUCACAGCACCACCACCUGCUCUAAAGUACCAGCGCGGAGCUGUCAAGAUCAAAGAGAAGCUGGAGGAAAAGCUGGACACACCCCAGGAUGCAUUCAAGUACAUCCUCAAGCGCUGCUUCGAUGACCCCGAGCUCUCGGAGGUUGCCAGUGAUGCUGAUCUCGCGUAUAUCUGUCACCGAGUAGUUCAUGGUGGUGAUUAUAUGGACUCGGUUAAGAUUACUGAUGAAACUUUGCACCAUCUUGAAGCCUUGGAGGAUCUUGCUCCACUGCAUAAUUUUUCUGCGCUUGAAAUCAUUCGGCUUUGUAGGAAAGAACUUCCUAGUGUACCGAGUAUCACUUUCUUUGACUCGGCCUUCCACCAGACUAUGCCGCUUCACGUGAAGACUUAUCCUAUAAAUCAGAGGAUUGCACAAGCAAACGGGUUACGGAAGUAUGGAUUUCAUGGAAUCAGUUACUCGUUUAUUUUACGCUCUGUUGCUCAUUUCCUGGGUAAACCGGCUGAGCAGACUAAUCUUAUUGCGAUGCAUAUUGGGAGUGGAGCUUCGAUAUGUGCUAUCAAAGAUGGGAAAUCGAUUGAUACUUCGAUGGGUUUGACACCACUUGCCGGAUUACCUGGUGCAACAAGAAGCGGCUCUAUCGAUCCAUCCUUAGUCUUCCAUUAUACUAACGAAGCGGGGAAACUGAGCCCCGCAAGUACGACAGAGAUGCAUAUUAGCACAGCAGAAGAGAUCCUCAACAAGCAAUCUGGGUGGAAAGCUUUGACAGGUACCACCGAUUUUGCGGAGAUUGCAGUGGAGAACCCACCAACAGAAGCGCACAAGCUUGCAUUCGAGAUUCUAGUAGAUCGGAUACUGGGCUACAUUGGUAGUUACUACGUAAAGCUGAACGGACAAGUCGACGCCCUUGUCUUUGCUGGGGGCAUUGGAGAGAAGAGUGCACUUUUACGCCGUACCUUGACUGAGAAGUGUCGGAGUCUAGGCGUGGCGAUCGAUCCGGAAGCUAAUGAGGAGGGACCUGGUGAUGAGACGGUCAAAGAUGUCUCCCAGGUCACCGGCAAGGGGCCUCGGGUAGUAAUUUGCCAGACCAAUGAACAGUUUGAAAUGGCGUACCACACUGUUUGUUCUCGGGGCUGA